AUGGAGCGCCCUCCCACGACCGUGACGCCGGGAAGCCAGGAGCGAGGACACAGCUCAGUGAAGACGGCUCUGUCCCAGACUGAGCGCGCUCUGGUUCUCGCGCUAUGGAAAAAGAUGAGCACCAAUGUUGGAAUCUACACGACCGAGGCCUUGGAGAGGACCUUCAUGGCUUUCCCUGCCACCAAAACCUACUUCCCACACUUCGACCUGAGUCCCGGCUCUAGGCAGGUUAAAGCCCAUGGCCAAAAGGUGGCCGAUGCUCUGACUCUCGCUGCCCACCACCUGGACGACCUGCCUGGUUCUCUCUCUGCUCUCAGCGACCUGCAUGCUCACAAGCUCCGAGUAGACCCCGCCAACUUUCAGUUCUUCAGCCACUGUCUGCUGGUGACUCUUGCCCGACACUAUCCUGGAGACUUCAGCCCAAUGAUGCACGCCUCCCUAGACAAGUUCCUGGGCCUUGUGACUUUGGCACUGGUCUCCAAAUACCGCUGAGGAUGUAUCCUGGGAUCCCAAAGCAAGGUUCCAAGAGGCUGGAAUUUCAGUCAAGCUGGAGUCAUAGACCUCCUUUUAAAGCGGCAGGUCCUUGUA